AUGGCUGAGGACUGCCGGCUGACUGCACUCUCAGCAGCUGAAGCAGAGUAUGUCUUUGAGGAGAGUUCUGGACCCAAACUUGCUCUGGGCCCACGAACUCUUGUCCGUUUCCAAUACCUUGAUUUUGGAAGAGUAAUGACUGUCCUGUGCCUGUCCGUCCAUUGUGUUUUGGAAGCAGGAAGCGCAGCGACUGUAAAUGGGCCGGCCCCCCCUCGGCAGCCGCCAUCGUCCUUCCAUCCAAGCUGUCGGGAAGGCGAGCCCCACGUGGCUGAGCCUGGCUGUGAGACUUCUUCUGGGGAAUGUCCGGGCACGGAGGAACCUACAGCAGCGGACCUGAAGAGCCCAAAGCACGAGGAGCCAAGGCACCAAUGCCGCCGCUGCCCCAACAGUUUCGCCGCCUACUUCCCCAGGGUUCUGAAGCAGGUUCACGAGGGCCUGAGCCUCUCGCAGAAGACCGUGAGCAUCUUGGAUUCGUUCGUUAAGGACAUGUUCGAGUGCAUCGCCGACGAAGCCUCUCGCCUGGCCCGCUCCACCAAGUGCUCCACCAUCACCACCAGGGAGAUCCAGACAGCCAUGCGCCUGCUGCUGCCCGGGGAGAUUGGCAAGCACGCCGAGUCCGAGGCCACCAAAGCCAUCAUCAGGUACACCGUCUGCCAGUGA